UUAUAAAGAACUCUGUAUAGAGCGAAGAGGAGUCACUUUUUCUCCCUAUCUCUCUUUCGCGCGCCGUGCUCCGUACUGUUACAUUAAUUGCUCGAACUUGUUUCAGGCCGUCCAAAAAAGCGACAGGACAUGGCAGGCCCGGUCGUGAUCUCAGCCACAGCUAAGCACACGGCGACGGUAGAUAUAUCGAAACCCUUUUGCGGGUGUAUCGACAGUUUUUGGUUAUAUCACUCGCGAUCAUAAUUGAUCAUAAAUGAAUUACGUUUACGUGAUGCAAGUUCUAAUCUCGUUACGCUUUUUUACUCCAUCUCUCUUCGCCGGCACGAUCGUCUGCGAACGCAUCGCUGUUCUGUUUCGAUACUCGCGAACCGGUUUAUUGUCGGCUUUUUUUUUUAUUAUUGCACGUCUUCCACGAGUCAUUGUGGUUACCGAGACUGAUCAAACAACUUUCUUUCAGAAUGUGGAUUUUAAGAUUAAAAUUUCAAUUUUUUUUCAAAUAUUUGUGAAUAAAAUCAAUUUACUCUCAUUUUAUACUAAAAAACAUGUUUUUCAGUUAAUAUUUUUCCAUGGCUUGGGUGAUACAGGACAUGGCUGGGCUAGUUCCAUGGGUGCAGUACGAUCCCCUCAUAUUAAAGUUAUUUGCCCUACUGCGCCCACAAUGCCAGUAACGUUUAAUGCAGGGUUCAGAAUGCCUUCUUGGUUCGAUCUGCGCUCUUUGGACUCCAGUGGUCCUGAAGAUGAAGAAGGUAUACGUAAGGCCGCUGAAACGGUGCACUCAUUAAUAGCUGAGGAAGUCGCAGCUGGGAUUCCCACUACCCGCAUUGUUCUCGGAGGAUUCAGUCAAGGUGGAGCACUAGCCAUGUACAGUGCCCUUACAUUCCCAGAACCUUUAGCUGGCAUUAUAGCUCUAUCCGCAUGGCUUCCUUUACAUCAAAAGUUUCCGGCAGAAGCAAUAGGAAAUAGAAAUACUCCACUGAUACAAUGUCACGGUGAUUGCGAUCCAAUUGUGCCAUAUAGAUGGGGUCAAAUGACAGCAUCUCUUCUAAAACAAUUCAUGACACAGACAGAAUUCAAAACAUACCGAGGAAUGAUGCAUACAUCUUCCGAGGAGGAAAUGCGUGACAUAAAGAAAUUCAUUGAAAAGGUUCUGAAGCCGUAAUAGAUCAAAUUGAUAUAUAUUAAUAUUUUAUCGGUUACUUCAAGCAUCUAAUUGUACAUUAUAUUGAAAUAAUUCCAAUUUUGCGAUUAUUUAAAUUGAGUAAAUUAUAUGAACUUUAAAAACGUUAAGUAGAGAAAAUCGUUGAAAAAUCUUCCAAGAUAUUGAGCUGCAGUGCUACAUAGGAAAAAUACUUUCUAGAGGAAUAUUUAUUUACAAUCUUUAUAAUUUGUAUCUGUGUAUUCAAACUCUUCUCCAUAGUUUAAUGUAUCAAAGCGUUCGUAUAGCAAUACUAUGGAUUAAUCCAUGCGGUCCUUAAUCCUUGUAAUAAUGCAUCUAUAAAUUGGCAUUCCUGUUUUUUUUUUUUUUAUUUAUUUAUUUAUGUCUAGGCAUGUACUAAAUAUACAUAUAUUUACACAUAUGUAUAUAAGUAUGUAUCAAACAAAUGCAUUGUAUUUAUUUGUAAUGCCACUAAUGCGGCGAUAAAUUAUUGAAAAAUUGUACGAAGAAUAGUUGAUGUUUAUUCAUUUUUGCGAUUUAAGUCUGCGACAAUAGUAAAUUUACAAAUAAACUUGUGUAAGAUUUAAGAUAAUGUUAAGUUAUAAGGUAAAGAGUUUCUUGCGUUAACUCUUUACAAAACUUCCAAUUUUUUCGCGCCUAAAUUAGGUUUCGUAUAAUUCUUUGAAUAUACGAAAUACGUCCACGAGCAAUUAAAUAAUUCGUGCAUUUCAAAAAUUGCGAGCCUUUUGCAUUCAAAUUUCUAUUUUACAUGAUUUAGACCCGCGAUGUAACAUAAAAUGUUGCUGCUAAUAAAUCACUUUUGUAGCAAGUAUUGUCUAGAAGACAGUGACACGGCCAUGUAAUCUGUGAUUACACAUCGUAUUGUCGAAACCCACCAAGUCCAUCAUUUGUUAUCAGAAUAACAUAAAUCAGGGUUUCCUAAACUCUUUUAUAAUCCCGCGCAGAUUCUUAAGAAAAUAAACAAAUUCUUGAAGAAUUUAGUCACACAUUUUAACUAACAUUUGCACAGCUUUAUUAGAAUCGCACGAAAUAAUAUACGAUGCUUUUAAUAUUUUCGUUUUCAGUUAUCUUCAUACAAAAGAAAAAAUAAAAUGUUUAAAAAGUAUCUUUAUGUAUGUCAAGUUUGGGAAAUCCUGUGAUAUAUCAUAAAAUAGUGUAAACACAAUAUUAAUACAUUGUAAAAUUAUACUAAAAUGUAUAUAAAAUUGUGACACUCGGCUAAAUUUAUUGUAUUAUCGAGUAUUAACACACUAUUCUAUAGUAGACAAAUAACAAGUAAAGAAAGAACAAUAAGCUCCAAUAUUUUUCAUGAGUUUUAUUUACAACUACGCUAGAACUAGUAACAAGUAGGAUAUAGCUUGUAAGUUGUGUAACAACUUUUACCAAUAUAAAUAAAACCUGUCAAAAUUUU